AAAGCAGAAAGUGGUUCAGAGGAUGAGGCACCAUCUCGGCGAGCACCUGUUGACUCAGAUGAUGAGGCACCUGUGAAACAUGUAAAUAGUGAUUCUGAAGAAGAACAUCCUUCCAAACCAGUACACAGUGACUCGGAAGAUGAUUCACCUGCUAAGCAAGCUGCCACCAAUUCAGAAGAUGAGUUUCCAAGGAUGAAAAGAAAAUUAGUUUCAUCAGAUGACAGUGAUGAAGAGGAAAGAAAACCAAAAAACAGAAAGAAAAGGUCACCACAACACAGAUCUGAAAGUGAUGAUAGUGGGAGCGAAAGAUCAAAGAAAAAGAAGACCUCCGACAGUGAAGAAGAAAAGGUUUCAAAAAAAAAAAAACGCAAUUUCUGACAGUGAAGAUGAUGAGGCUGCAGAUAAGCCAGCCAGUAAAAAGAGCCGUUUGCUCUCCGAUGGGGAAGAUUCCGACAGCGAAUCAGACUCAAAGAAAACUCCACAGAAGAAGAAGCAAUGUCAUCUGACAGUGAGGAUGAAGACCGGGAUAAAUCUAAAGAAGAGCCAAAAAAUGCAGAGAAGAAACUGUUUGGCAGUGACAGUGAAUCUGGGAAUGAGAAGGAAGAAAACCUAAUUGCAGAUAUUUUUGGAGAAUCUGGAGAUGAAGAGGAAGAAGAGUUUACAGGUUUUAACCAAGAGGAUCUGGAAGGGGAGAAGCCAAUGGCUCCAAAACAACAAGCAGAUGAAGAUUCAGACUCUGAUGUUGAUAUGAAAUCUGGUAAAAUAGGUGAUUUUAAAUCUGACUUUGAGAUGAUGCUGGAGAGGAAGAAGAGCAUGAGUGGUAAGCGGAGGAGAAACCGGGAUGGCGGCACUUUUAUAAGCGAUGCGGAUGAUGUAGUGAAUGCUAUGAUUAUGAAAAUGAAUGAGGCAGCAGAGGAGGACAGAAACCUCAACACCAACAAGAAGCCAGCACUAAAGAAACUAACCUUGCUUCCUACAGUUGUAAUGCAUCUUAAAAAACAAGACUUGAAAGAAACCUUUAUUGACAGUGGUGUUAUGUCUGCUAUUAAAGAGUGGCUCACACCCCUUCCCGAUCGAAGCUUGCCAGCCUUAAAGAUCCGUGAGGAACUGCUGAAGAUCCUGCAAGAGCUCCCCAGUGUAAGUCAGGAAACUUUAAAACACAGCGGCAUUGGAAGAGCUGUUAUGUAUCUGUACAAGCAUCCAAAAGAGACAAGACCAAACAAGGAUAUUGCUGGAAAGCUAAUAAAUGAAUGGUCACGUCCUAUCUUUGGACUGAGCUCCAAUUAUAAAGGGAUGACUAGAGAGGAGAGGGAGCAGAGAGAUCUGGAGCAAAUGCCACAGCGCAGAAGAAUGAGUAGUUCGGGUGGCCAGACACCUCGGAGAGACCUGGAAAAGGUGUUAACAGGAGAAGAGAAGGCAUUACGACCCGGCGACCCAGGUUUCUGUGCUCGUGCCCGUGUUCCAAUGCCUUCUAAUAAGGAUUAUGUAGUUCGACCAAAGUGGAAUGUGGAAAUGGAAGCUUCUCGGGUAAGUUAA